UAAGAGUUGUCAUAACAUCUCGAUCAGCUGCGACUGCGAGCAGCUAAUUACAGAGUAAGGGAAGUUGGUACUAUACCUGUCUUGGCCGUUUCCUUUGCUGGUUGUGUUUUGUGCUUGCAUUCAUGGCGACCUUCACCGAACGUACCCGUCUCCUCGCGGCGCUGCUUGUCGUCGUCUCCGCGGUGAUCAUCGGCUGCUCCGUCCACGUCUGCCACGGCGCCCAAGAGGCUGACCUGCAGGCUGCUGGCUACUACCGACGCGGCGGCAGCAUGGAUGAUCCCGACUUCGAUUUUCCCUUUCCCGGCCCCCGCCAUGUUGUGUGCAACGACGGGCCUUGCCGCACCGGCCCAGGCCGAUUACGUCCCUACCCCUUUCCGCGACCUUUGCCGUACCGUCAGACGCCGCCGGCGCCACCGUCGCCGCCGCUGCCGCCACCGCAGAACAAACAGAUCCCGCCUCCGUGAUGAAUUGAUGAUGACUGUUCAUGCCGGCCGGCCGGCCGUCAUGAUGCCACUUAAUUAUAUAUGCAUAUGGCUAAUUAAGUACGUGCGUGUGAUAAAAACGUACGCACACCAGAGAUUACAUACGCAUAUUGUACGUGCGGCGAACGGCCGGGCGCUAGCUCUCUUGAGCGGGGUACAACGCUAGCUACAGCACACUAUUGUGUUAUUACUAAUUAAAAACGAAUAAUGCCCGUCCCGUGUGCUUGUGUUUCAUUAGCUGGAAUAGAACAGGUGUGAGCGUGUAACUAUGCGGUCUAAAAAGGAAAUAAAAGACUGGUGUUGUCAAUGCUAA